UGAAUGUAAAUGAUAACCAUGGCACAUGUGUCAAACCACCAAGUUCUCUGGUGUAAACGUCAACACUCGUCGACCUCACAGUGAAAGGCGCCGUAUAGUUUUCCUUAUCAUUUUUCUACUAAUAUUUACAGAUGGCACCCAGUUUGAUGCUACCCAAAUUAUUUUCAGAUGGCACCCAGUUUGAUGCUACCCAAAUUAACAAUGACGCCAUUUCGUGUAAUGGCAUUGGUAGCAGGUGUGGCUGCAGUUUGUCUUGUCUUCUCUGCUCUGACAACCACUGGGCGACAGGCAAAAUUAGGAAAAGCCUUUGAACAAGUUUCAACACUAGAUAAGCGUGAUCUCAGUGGGAGAACAAUGGCUGAGCCCAACUUCUGGCGUAACUUUGACUUCAGGUCUGAGCAGAUUCCCUCCCAAGUUAAUGAGGCUGCUCAAAAGGUUCACGUCACCAACCACACCAUCAACAUUAUGGGGUCAAAUACUUUCUAUCGUGAGGCUCAACCUCCAGAGGGUGUUGCUAGUAGUGGUGAAGUUGUUGUGCUACUUCAUGGUGCUGCAUUUAAUUCUAAAACAUGGUUAGACCUGCACACCAUCGACCUUUUAGCAGGAAUGGGACAUCGAGUUAUUGCUAUUGACUUGCCAGGCUUUGGAAAGACCCCAGGUCCACUGACAGGUGACAGAGCUGAUUAUCUGCACUCCUUACUGAGUAACUUAAAGGUCACCCAUCCUAUACUGGUCUCACCCUCUAUGAGUGGUCAGUUCUCCAUCUUAUUCAUCAACAAGUAUCCUCAAGACCUUGCUGGCUUUGUGCCAGUUGCUCCUGUCUCUACACAGCUGAUCAAAGAGAAGGCCCCAGAGCUGAGGGUCCCCACUCUAAUCAUCUAUGGAGAGAAUGAUCGCACUCUUGGUCAUUCGUCCCGAGAUGACUUGCUGCGAAUUCCCACAUCUCAGGAUAUAGAGAUACCUCAGGCAAAGCACCCAGCUUACCUUGAUAAUCCCAAUUUGUUCCAUACUCUGCUCUAUAACUUCAUCAAACAAGUUCAUGCACAUAGAGCAUCAGCUUAAUGCAUUCCCCAUGAUAUAUUUAGAGUAUGGGAACACUGUCCUCAAUAUUUAUGCAAAGUAAGAUCAACAUUUGUUUUAACAAGGAAAACUCUUUUUUUUCCUUUUGUUGACAAAUUAUCAGUAACUUUCCAACAUGAUUUAAUUAAUGAUUCAGUAAAAUUUAUGUGGAUUGCUCAAAUGUAUCAUUCUUCAACACAAAACAAAACUUAAAAUGUAGUUACAUUUUAUUUUUGCAUUUUCUGUAUUGCAUCAUUAUGUACAGAGUUUAGAAUCUUGAAUUAAUGGUCUAGAGUCCAGACCACGAAAGGGUUUUGCCUUGUUGAAGAGUAUUAAUUUUAAUGGAGAAAUCGUGAAGGCUGAUGAUGGAUCUUAGUGAGCAUAAUCAGAAGAUUAGUUAUAAGACAGUCAAGAAAGAUGAAAGUUUUGAUUCACUUUAAUGCAACAAAAGGGUAAAGAGAUUAAAUUUUUAGUUUCCUUUAAGCUUGUUGCAUCUGUUUCACCUUGUGUCACCAUUAUAUUUGCAAUAAGGAUUGUAACCACUCAUAUAAUGUACCUCCAUUAUGGUAGUUUUAGUGCAUUACAUUCACCGACCAAGAAUAUACUGUACCUUACAAUAAUUUAAGUAAAAACAACAGACUUGUUUCCUAAUAAUAAGGAAUGAUAAUUUAUUAGCAUGGGAUUACAGUAUAUAUAUGUAACUACACUGUAGGAAUAAAAUUGUGGAAGCUGCUUGGAACCUACACUAGUAACCUCUGACAAUGAGGAAAAAUCAUAAAUUAAAUGUAUGCUAUGAUAUAAAUAAAAUAAAAAGUUUAAUAACUUCAAAAAUCUAAAUUAAAAUACUACUUUAAAAGUCACAUGCACUUAAGUACCCAUAUGGCAUUUAAUUUGUUUUCUCUUUCCCAGAGGUCAAUAGUGUCUGUUCCAUACGGUUGUCCAUGACUUUAGUCCUAGAGUGUACCAUAGUUGGCCUCUUCAGAUUUUCUUUUGACACUGCUACUUUUGGUUUGAAUUUUAAUUCCUAUCAUAUGAAAUACAUAAGAAAUAUAAGUCUAAUAAGACUUUUUACAAUGCAUUAAUGUAGUCCUGGGAAAUACCACACUCAAUAACCAAUUAAGAAUAAUAAGUGUAUUCAGAAGGGAAAAUGGGGUUAAAUUUAGCCCACUGAAAAUCUCAGACCUCCCCAUAGAAUUUAAUUUUUUUUUUACUCCUGAAUCACAUCAGUACUGUAAUAAAACCACACUAUAUUCUGUAUUGUACUCUACAUUGAUAUGUAUAUUGAUGUAUUUACAGUACAGUACCGUAUAUCAUUUUGUAGUUUAAUGUACAGAUUCUCAAAAAGAUAUCUGUCCACACACACUGUGCGAAACAUUGAGACAAUGAAUGAUAGAUAUUGGGACAUGCAUUUACUUUGGUAUAUACAGUAGCUUAACAUAAAUAAUGCAUUAUGUAUUUAUUUCGGUAUAAUUGAUAUGAUGUUUGGUUACCAAAUGUAGCAAGAUCAGUAUGCCACAGAGCCAUGCAUACCAGCCCUCCCAGGACAUAAUGAGUUGCACGUAGCAUUUAGGAAGUCAUUGAACUUAUCCUGGCAGAUAAUUUUUUGAGAUACUGUACAUAUGUUAACAGUGAAGGAACAAAAAUAUUGGUAGUGUUGGCAUCUGGCAACUCUUGUUGCCUAUGCACUGCCGUAUUGGCUGCUACUCACUUAGUCCUGCUGGGAGACCAGUAGUGGUAACAUGUUCAUAUUGCUACUUGUCAUUAUAUAUUAUAAUGUAGUUGUAUCUAUGUUGUAUAUGCUGUACUGUAUAUCCUUGUUGUGUACAGGCAGUCUCUGAGUUAUGAAAGGAUCGCAUUCCCAAAAAAUCUGAAAAUAAAAAUUUGGGCCUCUUAGACUAAUGAAACCUGUAGAACUAUUUCCUGGUAUUGGUUAAACUUUUCAUAUUCUAUUAUUUCUUAAAUACUGUAGUAAUAUUGUCUCCUUUUUACCCAUAUUUUUCUUUGAACAGUACAUCAAUGAUGAGGUAAUCACCAAGUACUGAAUAUGAUUUUGUUCCAUGGUAAAUACCAUAUACUUGUUUGCAGAUAAUAUGUGGCCUUAAUAGUAUCUUCUAAAGUUAAAGUAGUGUACAUAUGUCAAUAGAGUAAAGCUAUGUACUGUAUAUUAAUUAGUACAGGUACAGUACUUGUACAGUAGUAUAUUACAGUAUUUAACUUUAUAACUAAUGUACUCUAUAUUUUCUUGAUUCAUGAAUAUAUAUCAUUCAUUAAUUUAAGUUUUUAUAACUUAUUUCAUGAGAACCAUUACCAGGGUUGUUUUAAGAGAUGUAGCAGCAAGUGUAAUAGAAUUUUUAAGGUAGUACAUGUACUGUAGGAUUGUAGUAGUAGAUGUAAACAAUGGUUUCUCAAAUUUUAUUGUACAGUUGCGGAAGAAUAUUCUACCCCACAUGGCUGUGGCCAGUGGAGACAUCCUGCAACUCUCUGAGUAGUAAAAAGGGCACUUAUCAAACCCAUAUGAAUGAACCAGUCUCGAACUCUAGUGUGGGCAGCGUUAGGAUGAAACCAUUUGCUUCAAAAUAUUUAUUUAAUGAAUGCCUUAAUUUUGCCUCUGAUUCAUAAAAAUCUUAUUCAUGAGGUCUCACAUUUUUUUCAUUAUAAAAAAGUCAUCAUUGCUGUUGUUCAUAAUAUUAUAUGGUGUGAUAAGUUUGUGGAGGACCUGAUAACGACUCUUACGUUGUUUAUUUACCCAAGUGGUGUUAAUUCAUACGAUUUGUGCUUUGACGUGAAUUAUUAUUUCAAGGGGCUAAAUAAAUGGAGGUUAUAAUAAAAAAAACUCAAAUA